GUUCUGACCGUCGUCCUGCAGAAAUACAGCAGCUCAGAGAAAGCUGAAUGGACUCGAGAGUUAUCAGCAGGUUUAUUCGGUCAGAAGAAGACGCUGCCUCCCAAACAGUCAGCUACUUCCUGUCCGCUCUCCGACUGUCCGUCUCAUCACUUCGGAUUCUUCCUGCAGAGCGGAGCCGCAAACGUCAUCGGGCCGAAGAUCUGCGUCCAGAAUCAGCUAGCUCUCGGCGUUGUGAAGAACAACGCUGGGCCUGGAAUCAACAUCGUGAUUAUUAACGGGAGAAGUGGAGCCGUGGAGCAGACGGCUCAUUUCAACAUGUACAGCGGCGAUGUGAAUCCGCUCAUCGAGCUGCUGAAAAGUCUCCAGAAAGGUUCGAUCAUCCUGAUCGCUUCCUACGACGACCCGUCAACCAAGUUGACAGAGGAUGCCAGGAAGUUGAUCUCUGAACUCGGCAGUUCGGCCGUUUCGUCGCUCGGCUUCAGAGAUAACUGGGUGUUCGUUGGCGGGAAAGGAGUCUCAGUGCAGAGCGGCUUCGAGAAGCAUCUGAAAAACGACAAAUCGAAGAAUAAAUACGAUAACUGGCCCGAACUCAUCCAGCUGCAGGGCUGCAUCCCCAAGUUCCCCGAGUGAUUGGUCCUGGUCCCGGUCCCGGUCCAGGUCCUGGUCCCGGUCCCGGUCCUGGUCCAGGUCCAGGUCCAGGUC